CACUUGCAGCCACUACGCCAGACAGUGAGCUGGACUCUUGCACACUACCUCUUACGACGACCAUGUCACGGAUAUUCCCCUCUUCCUGGUUCGCAUUAUGGACCCUUUUUCUCGCCGUACUACCGACGUUUGUUCUGUCGCAUAUGAUCGAAGUCCCAGCGUCGAAAAAGGAAUGUUUCUUCGAGGACUUGCAUGUUAAUGACAAGAUGACCGUAACAUACCAAGUCGGAGGUGGAGGUCAUCUGGACAUUGACUUCUGGUUGACAGAUCCAGAGGGACAAGCAUUGGACAAGCGCAUAAAGCAGACCACCGGAACGGCUUCCAUGACUGCUGCCAAGGAUGGUCGUUACGAAUACUGCUUCUCAAAUCAGAUGAGCACCGUCGUAGACAAGAUUGUCAGCUUCAAUGUUCAUGGCGUGAUUUACGUCGACGAGGAUGAUACUAUUGCACCUAUUGAACGAGAGAUCCGGAAUCUCGCCCAGGGACUCACAUCGGUGAAAGACGAACAAGAAUAUAUUGUCAUUCGUGAACGAACACACAGAAACACUGCCGAAUCCACAAAUUCCAGGGUGAAAUGGUGGUCUAUUAUGCAGGCGGUAGUGUUGUUCUUGGUCGUCGCUUGGCAGGUAUAUUACUUGAAGUCAUUCUUCGAGGUCAAGCGUGCUUUCUAGAGGAUACGUAUUUGACAAUGCAUACUAUUUAUUCCCACCGU